AUGAUGAAUAAAUUCACUGGAUAUGGCACAGUAAUUAUAAUGAAAGCGCUUACGCUAAUUAGUAAUUAUGAUCCUGAAAUCUGGAAUCCUUUUAUUGAGAGAUUUUCUAAAUAUAUUUAUCAGAAAAUCAAUGAUAAAGAAAAAUUGUCUGCACUCAAUGUUUCUGUUUGUUUUGAUAUUGGCAAGCCUGAUGGAUAUUUAGAAUGGAAAGAAAAAAUCAUAGGAAAUAUUGCGGAUUCUUAUAAGAAUGUGCCGGAUAAUAGAAUUAAAGGAAAAUGGGAGCGGAUAAUCUUGGAUUUUCUGAAGGACAAGGAAUUUGAAGCUGCGGCUAAUUACAGAAUUAAUGAAUUAUAA